AUGGGUGAUGAAAAGGAUUAUAAAUGUCGGUUAUGUUUGACUGAAAUCGAAAAGAGCGACAACUACUUCUCCGUCGACGACAGGGGUAUUCGUGAAAAAAUGACGCUGAUUUUCAACUUUCCGAUCGUGCCGAUGGACACAUUGGAUGUGAUAUGUAAAGGGUGCGAUGCGAAGGUGGCGGACUUUCACGCCUAUCACGAGCAGGUUAGGCAGAAUCAGGACCUGCUGUGGAGGUCCGGGAGUGUGCAGAAGGAGGAAUGUUUCGAGACGGUGAAACUGGAACCAGCCCCUUUGAUGGACUAUGAAGACUUUGAGCAGCCGAUAGAGUUGCUGGAUGACGACAAGCAGCUUGCCGUAAAGGGAGAACCGAAUGACGAUGAUCCGAUGGCUUCCGGUAGCAACAGCACGCCACCGAGUGAAUGUACCGUGAGCGAUGAGGAACCGGAAACGGAUCCGAUAAUGCCCCGGCGAAGGGCAAAGCGACGAAAGCUAAGCGAUGCGACCGCCGGCCGCCAGCAAGAGCCAACAAGCCGAGCGAGCAUCAAGGAAGGCUUCGAAGAACAGAACCGGCGUUUGCAGGAGUUCUACGAGAUGAAGUGCGAAUUGUGCCACGAGAAACUGGACUGCUUUACGUCGCUGAAAAAUCACUACCACAAGCAGCACAAAGUGCAGGGCUACAUAAAUUGUUGCGGACGAACGUUUAGCAGCCGGUACCGGUUGCUGGAGCACUUAUCGUUCCACGUCGGCUCGAGCAUGGUCCGGUGCGAUAUCUGCAACAAGAGCUUCAGCACUCGCAGCUACCUGCAAGUGCACAACAGCCGGAUGCACGGGCGGGCAGAGGACCGGCCGUACAAGUGCACACAGUGCCAUCAGUCGUACGCCCUGGAGUGUCAUCUGAAAGCUCACAUGGUAACGCACGUGCGGGUCAACUGUGAAAUUUGCGGCAAGCUUCUGGCGAGCAGUCUAUCCCUCCGCGUGCACAUGGUCAACAUUCACGGCAAGCGGGAAAACCUGAUAUGCGAUAGCUGCGGCAAGGAGUUCCGGACCCGGCAGGCGUUCGACAGACACGUUAACCUACACCUGGGCAUCGAUCCGACGGAGCAAGUCCAGUGUACUCUGUGCUCGAAGUGGCACCGAAGCAAACGGGCUCUGAAGGUUCACGUGCAGCUAGUACAUAACGAGGCAGGACAGACGUUCAAGUGUGACCUGUGUUCCCACGAGAGUCCCAACUCCCGGGCCAUGGCAAACCACAAGCAGCGAGUGCACGUUGGUGAGCGGUUUGCGUGCGAAGUUUGUGGCAAACGCUUCAAGCGGCAGCUCUACCUGAAGGAGCACAUUGCGCUGCACACCGGCAAACCGCUCUACUCGUGCGAAAUCUGUGGCGCAACGUUCAAUUCCAACGCGAACAAGUACUCGCAUCGGAAAAACAAACAUCCGGUCGAGUGGGAAGCCCGCCGGAAGCUGCUGCAGCAAGAGGCGAGUGGAUGAGGUGAGGCGAUCGCCCGUGACGGAAUGAUCAAGAUCUCAGGCGGCUUGGAGAUUGUACACUUUAUUUAGGUUACUUGAUUCACUAAAACUAAAACUUAUUAAACAAACAUAUU